GGAGCUUUCACAAAAUACUUAACGUUCUCCACGAAAUACGCAUGUGUACUACACGAUUGAUUUGAAGAAUUGAAGUUUCGUAAAAUCGAAGACGCACUCGUGAUGUAAGAAUGUUGAUACAUACAUGAUAACACGUGUCAAAACGUAUAAGAAAGCAAAAAUAAAUAUCUAGUGGUCAUUUAAUCUUUGCAAUAGUGUUCAUGACGCCUGACAUUAGAAAAAUGCAGAAGGUUGGAAAAUUAAAUUCUUCAAUUGAUAUCAUUCCAUUACAAGGAUCCAGUGGAGAUUAUAAAUCAAAAACUAUGAAUAAUAAACAUAAAAUUGAUUCUUCUCACAAAUACUUACGGGAUCAGUUAUUAAUUUCACGUGUACAAACGUACAUGCAUGAAAAUGAGAAUAAAGUUUAUAUUGAUGUUAAUGAAAUGGCAGAUGCUUUACAAAAGAAAUAUAGAGACUACCGAAUUAAAAAACGGGGUCCUUUCAGAGCAUUAGUGCGUAAAGCAUAUGAUGAACUUACAGAAAUGUUUGCAAAGAAAUAUUGUUCUCGUGAAUGGCCUGCUUAUGCUGAUGAAGAUGAAGAGGAAGAAGUUGAUGUUGAGUCAGAUCCACAAAAUACUGUGUUAGAGGGUAUGCUAUUAAAAAUGUAUAAAAAGUCACAAAAUAAACAGAAUGGAAAUUCUAGUGAUAAAGAACUUAUAGACAUUAGUAGUGAUGAUGAUGUAAGCAAAGUGGAGACAAAUUCUAAUAAAACUAAUGAACCUGAAGUCAUGGAAAAGAAUUUACAACAAAAACCUGGUCCAUCCUCAAAUACAGAGAAACCUAUACAUACUAAAGAAGUUGAGCAACUAAAAACACCCAGUAAAGAAGUGCAAGCCACAAUAGUAGGUACACCAGCUACUAUAACAACUACAAACACAACAAUAGAACAACCUACUAAAAAAAGGCAGCGCGAUAAAGAUAUUGAUAGUAGUCAGUUUACAUUUAUAAAAAAGACCAAAGGAAUACCAAUAUCUGAAUCAAAAAUUACAUUUGCUGACAUAGGAGGAAAUGAUAAAGUUUUAAAAACUGUAUGUAAGUUACUUGCACAUAUGAAGCAUCCAGAAAUUUUUAAACAGCUUGGUAUAUCUCCACCAAGGGGAUUUUUACUUCAUGGACCACCUGGAUGUGGAAAAACUUUAUUAGCAUAUGCUAUUGCAGGAGAAUUAAGUGUACCAUUAUUAAAAGUAGCAGCACCUGAAUUAGUAGCAGGAGUAUCUGGCGAAAGUGAAGCUAGAAUUCGAGAGUUAUUUGAACAAGCACUUGCAAUUGCACCAUGUGUAAUAUUUUUAGAUGAAAUUGAUGCUGUAGCACCACACAGAGCGACGGCUCAAAGAGAAAUGGAAAGAAGAAUUGUUGCACAAUUAUUAUCAUGUUUGGAUGAAUUAAGUUUAAAAGAAAAUGGUACUAGAGUAUUAGUACUUGGAGCAACAAAUCGGCCCGAUUCAUUAGACCCAGCAUUACGGCGGGCUGGUCGAUUUGAUCAUGAAGUGUGUCUGGGAAUUCCAGAUAGAGAUGCGAGAGCAAAAAUUUUAGCUGUACAUACAGAGAAGGUAGCACUUGCCCCAAAUGUUAGUUUAUCUACAAUAGCUUCCCUUACACCAGGUUUUGUUGGUGCCGAUUUAGUUGCACUAAUUAGAGAAGCAGCUAUGGCAGCUGUGGACAGAAUACUCGAAAACUUAAAAUCAGUACCAGAUAAUAAAUCUUCAGAAAUUUCAGAAGUUAGUACUGUUAUUGAACAAAAAAAUGAAAAUUUUGAGAAUACUGGUAAUUUAGUCGAAGAAGUAACCAUUGAACCAUCUACCUCAGAUCAAAAUAACGUUCCUAAGUUGAAUAAGACAAAUAAUCCAGAAAGUUCACAAGCAAUUUUAGAAAUGGAUGUAAUACAAGAAAAUUCCAAAUCUCCAGAUUUAACAGGAUUACUUACAUGGUUACGUAAUGAUCCACCGCUUCCUUCAGAACGGCUAUCGAAUUUAUGUAUUGAACAUAGCGACUUCGAAACUGCUCUUCGUAUUAUUCAGCCAUCAGCCAAAAGGGAGGGCUUUGCAACAGUACCUGAUGUUACAUGGGAUGAUGUCGGUUCGUUACGGGAUAUUAGAGAAGAAUUGCAAAUGGCUAUACUUGCUCCAGUUCGACAUUCCGAACACUUUACAGCGUUAGGAUUAACAACGCCUACUGGAGUAUUAUUAUGUGGCCCACCUGGUUGUGGAAAAACAUUGUUGGCUAAAGCUAUUGCAAACGAAGCUGGUAUUAAUUUCAUUUCUGUUAAAGGACCAGAACUUUUAAAUAUGUAUGUAGGUGAAAGUGAAAAGGCAGUGCGACAGUGUUUUAUUAGAGCUCGAAAUUCAGCUCCAUGUGUUAUAUUUUUUGACGAAUUGGACGCAUUGUGUCCUAGACGAUCAGAAGGUGAUAAUUCUGCAACUUCGCGCGUUGUAAAUCAAAUGCUGACUGAAAUGGAUGGAGUAGAAGGACGACAAGGGGUAUUUUUAAUGGCUGCGAGUAAUCGUCCUGACAUCAUUGACCCAGCAGUAUUACGACCAGGAAGAUUAGACAAAAUUUUGUAUGUUGAUUUGCCUACCUCAGCAGAUCGCGUUGAUAUCUUAAGAGCAUUAACAAAGAAUGCAACUAAACCAAAAUUAGCUGCAAAUGUAAACCUUGAAGAAAUAGGAUAUAAUAGUAAAUGUGAUGGUUAUACUGGAGCUGAUUUAGCAGCUUUAAUCAGGGAAGCUGGUAUAGAAGCAUUAAGAGAAUUAAUAGAUAUGCAUUACUCGGGACAACCAGAAAUUUCAAUGCGGCAUAUCUUAAUUGCGUUUGAUAAAAUAAGGCCGUCCGUACAAGAGAAGGAUAUCAAACACUAUGAAAAAUUAAAGAGAUUGUAUUCAAUUAAAAAAAAAUCAGACGAUACACCUAUGGAAACUCCAAUAGAUACACCUAUAGUAGAUGUAGUUAUGGAACCCAUGGAAACGUGAAAAAAGACAAAUCUUAAGCAUGUAAAAAAUCUUCCACUGCAAAGUACUUUCAAGCGGAUAACAGUGAAUCUCACGCAAAAGAUACAUACUAUACUCCUUAACUUUAUUUUUAUAGUUAAGGUAUUUUAGCGUUUA